AGAGAUGCAACUUGUACAUUAACAUCACAAACUAUAUCACAUCUGAAUAAGUAGAAUAAGUGGCGUUACAUCUAAGUCUGUACAGUUUCCCAAACUUUGUCCCACAGUUAACUUCCGUUUGGCUCAUGUGACUCAGUCAAACGUAGAUUUCCAUCUGUCCUUAAACGCUCGAACCGCAAGCCAAAUUAAGAGAUAAAAGUAAUCAAUACAGGACUUUAUUCCACACGGACAGUUUCUGCGGUUCUCUGGGACUGAAACACGCUCAGCUCCAGCUCCAGGCGUGGGACACGUGACCUGUAUUUACUCCCCGAUAUCAGCCAAUGGCGGACAGCGUGAGCCACAGGGGCGGGGCUUCGGACGGCGGCCUGUUGGUUUUAACUCCCGUCUCUUCAGCAUCAGCACAUUAGCGUAAAUCCUCUCCGGGAGUCCGACGUGAGGACCGAACAUGGGUGACUCUGCUACCGGCCCUAACGCGGCGGAACGCGUCGGUUACAUCACCCGAGUCCAGAGCUUCAGCGCCUGCCACAGACUCCACAGCAUUCACCUGAGCGAUGAGGAGAAUAAAAAGGUCUUUGGGAAGUGCAACAAUCCCAACGGCCACGGACACAACUACAAAGUGGAAGUAACGGUGCGCGGAAAGAUCGACGGAAAAACCGGCAUGGUCAUGAACCUGACAGACCUGAAGAAGCAUAUUGAGAAAGUCAUCAUGGCUCCGCUGGACCAUAAAAACCUGGAUAAGGACGUCCCUUACUUUGCCACGGUGGCCAGCACAACGGAAAACCUGGCCGUUUACAUCUGGGACAACAUGGUGAAGGAACUGCCAAAGAACCUGCUCCACGAGAUCAAGAUUCACGAGACCGACAACAACAUCGUCGUUUAUCGAGGAGAGUAGGCGUCUCUUUAGCUGGCUUUGAGCAAAAGUGCCAUUAAUCUUCGACAAUGUAGCUCCGACUGCCUCCAAAUGUGUCGAUCACUCAGAGAUCCCAUCAGUUUUGUUGCUAAAUUCCAUAUUUUUAGAAACAUUUUUUCUGUUGAGGCAGGUGAGACCUGCUUUUAGAACACCUACCAAGUCCUAUUUCUGUUUCCAUCAGCAGCAGUGAGAUGCUUUAACUCUUUUUUUUUUUUAU